GCUCUCGCCGCCGGCCGCGCGCCGCAGUGAGACGGAGGAGAGACGGUGAGUCACCGACACCGAGACCAGCCCUGGACAGCAACCGGCGGCCGGUAACCGACAAACUGACAGAGCGAUAGACCGGAGACAGAGCUCCAGUAGCCCGUUAGCAUGUAGUUUCCCGCUGUUGUUCGUCAGAGGAGUCGCGCGACGUCGGCGGACUGUUAAUGAGACUGACGACGGGCAACCACCGCAGUGUUGCUUCAACCUGAGACAAUACAGCAACUACAGCAACAGCAACAACAACCACAGCAUUAAUGUUCAACCACCGCAGUGUUGCUUCAACCUGAGACAACACAGGGACAGCCAGACAGACAGCAACUACAUCUACAGCAACCAGACUGUUGCUGCAGUGUGGCUUCAGUCUGACAGACUCCAGCAUGUAAGGCUACUGCACCCCCAGCAACUAGCUAAUAAACUGUUGCUGUCUAAUGACCACCAUGUUGCUUCAACCUGACAGAGACUACAGCAGCCUGACCGACAACAUCCAGGCUGCCAGCACCUAAACCUACAGUAACAACAGAUGGGAAACACAAACACACCUACCUGUCAGUAAUUAGAGGGCGAAGCCUGGUGGAGCUCAGAUGGACGUCCUGUCAGACUCUCAGACUGAUCAGCUGAUCUGAAGUCAGUCAGGUGACAGCCUCAGAUUGAGUUAAGCUCUGCACAUCACUGGCCCUCCCCUCUGCUUCAGGUGAAGACAACAGCUAAAAGGAUGAGCCAGCUGAAGGAGGCAGAGCCUGGCCAGGAGCUGGAGGGCAAGGUGCAGACCUGGGCUCAGUCUCUGGUUUACACUCUGGAGGAACUUGAGUGUAAAAUCUGUUACAACCGCUACGACACCCGCAGCCGGAAACCCAAACUGCUGGGCUGUCUGCAUCGAGUAUGUGCCAAGUGUCUGAAGAAGAUGGUCGACAUGGGAGAGUCGUCACCCUCCGUCAUCAGCUGUCCGUUCUGUCGCCAUGAGACACACGUCCCCGAAGAAGAGGUGUGGUUGAUGGAGGAUGACCGACACAUCCUGGCGGUUCUGUCGUGUCAGGACCGAGCCCGGCGAGGAGGAGGAGGAGCAGGAGGUGGGGGGGAGGUGGUGCUGAGUCCCACCAGUCUGACGGCAGCAGCAGGAGGAGGUGUGGAGACGUCCCACCGCUCCUCAGACUGUCUGGUCAUCACCAUCAUGGAGCUCCCUGAGGAGUCUCCGUCCUCAGACUCACUGAGCAUGCUCAAUGUGGUGGGUCUGUACCGUCCCCCUAGCCUGGACUCACUGCCCUGCAACUUGCCGGCUCAGAAGUGUCACACCUGGACGUCCCGCAGCUUCCCCCGCUGCCUGCUCGGGGUGCUGUGUCUGGUGUACUUCAGCUCCCUGCCUCUGGGGAUUUACCUGCUGAUGAUUGGUCAGCUGUGGCUGGGCGUGGUCCUGGUCAGUCUGGUUCCCUCCACGCUGCUGCUGCUCGUCCUCUAUGGGUUCUGUCAGUGUCUCUGCCAUGAGCUGAUGGAGGCACUCGCCACACGCACACACACGCUGCCAUGAUGACAAAAAUAACACGACACGCUGCCAUGAAGACGAUGACAACACGACACGCUGCUAUGACGAUGACGACACACAUGACAGGCUGCCAUGACGACGAUGACAACACGACACGCCGCCAUAAUGAAUUGACAAGCUGCCAUGACAACGAUAGCAACAUGACACACUGCCAUGACGACGACUACAGGACACCAUGACGACGACAACGAAAUGACAUGCUGCUAAGACGACGACAACAACGCGAUGCGCUGCCAUGACGACGACGACACACAACAUGAUGCCAUGAUGAAGACAGAUGAACAUAUUGCCAUGACGAUGACAACACGCACUCUGCCAUGACAACACAAGCAACAGCAUAAACCCUAAAGAAACAAGUCAGAACAUGAUACCUACACCUACACUACAUACCAGAAAAACAAUGGAACCAGAGGAACUCAUCCAGAACAACAGAACCAGAACUACCACAACAACAGGACUUCACCUUAGGAACAUCAACAAGAGGAGAACAGAUAGAAUCAAGAACAUUGGAACCACAACUGAAUAAAUCCAGAACUCACCUGUAGACCCACCCAUCUGACUCUUGACACACCCGUCCACUUUGACUUGGCCCCCAUCUGAAUACCAGCAUUACCCCCACUCUGAGGCUACAGCCAAUCAGGCAGGACCGGUGAUGACAUCAUCACAGAGAAGAGGCGGAGUCUCUGAAGUUUUACUGUGAAAGUUUUUUCUCUCUGUUGCCUCCUGCUGGACGAACUGAGAACAAUCAGCUGAUCACAAACUGACUUAUUUAUCAUCUUCCAGGUGUCCUGAUGUUAAAGGACACCUGUCAGACUGAACCGCUGCACUGUGCAGACUGACAGACUUUAAAUGAUAACACUAAUUAACCAUGUUGGAAACAAACAUGUAAUUCUUUAAUAUGCGUAAAUCUGUGACUGAGUCUAAAAUCAACACUCGCACUGUUUAUGAAACCCUCCUGUUCUCUGUCCAGAAUCCAGUGCAGACAGAGGUCCAGGGCUGUCAGCCUAGCUUAGCACAAAGACUGGAAGCAGGGGGAUACUGUUAGCCUAGCUUCAUCAGAAGAGGAAUAAACAUCUGAGAGAGAGCACAAAUUGUGAGAGCAGAAUCAGAUUGUGUGUUCAGUCCUGAUCUGUGAUUUUUGAGUCUGCUCAGGUUCUGGUUCCUGGCAGCUGAGAUCACAAGAAGUCACUCACCAACAAUUUUAGACCAACAAGCUGCAACAUGACACAGCAGCAUCUGGACGUCGGUGUCAUGAAUUUUUCAAAGUCCACACGAGUAAAAAGGUCAGCUGCUGAAUAUAUUGCACGUCUGUAAGGAGGUGAAAGAUGUGACUGUUUACGAUGACACAAUUUACAUACUUAAUGCCUAGAAGCCUCAUUGUUUAUCCUUUAGUUUCAGUUUUUGUGGGUGUAUUGAUCUGCACUGUAGACUGAAGAUCAGCCAAAUUCAGAUGCCGAUGCCAUCACCAUCACCUGGUUAAUUCUGUUAUAACCGUCAUAUUGGAUCUGAAAAUGCUCUGAUUCUGAAUAUAACCACGGCAAAUAAUCAUUAUCAUCAUUAUUAUUAUUUGUUUGAAGCGUUUUCUUAAAUCUCAUAUGCAGUUGUUUCAGAUCACAGGACACCAAACCAGCACACAUUGGGCUCAUUAGAUUUAAAUAGACUGAGUUUUUGUUCUUUUCUGAUAGAGCCAAGCUAACAGUUUCCCUCGACAUCCAGUCUUUGUGCUAAGCUAGGCUAACAGUUUCCCUCUACUUCCAGUCUUUGUGCUAAGCUAGGCUAACAUUUUCCCUCUACUUCAAGUAUUUGUGCAGAGCUAGGCCAACAGUCCUGGAUUAGACUGGUGAGUGUGGGCUGUUCCUUUAAGGUUUCUGUCUUUAUAAAGUGCCAUCGUUUGAUUUGAUGUUUGAUUAAUGAGUCCUGUGAUAAUGAUGAUGAUCAGGUGACAUCAGAGGACACCUACUGAUGGUCAGCUGACCUGUUGUGUCAUUUCCUGUCUCUGUAGUGGGCGGAGCAUGUGGAGGAUCAGCUGUGUUUAGUUUCAGUGAUAAAAAUUUAUAAAAUCAAAUAAAGUACAAACACAGACAUGA